AUGUGGAGUACCGACAAAUUCAACGGUUGCGAUCGCGACGUCGAGAAACAUUACACAGAACGCGAUCAUAAAAAUUUUCUAAAAACUGCAAUGUCUCUUGCAUUGAAUUCACGCGAUACAGGCGCUGGGGCUCAGACCACUCAACCGAGUCGACAAGAAAAUGAGGAGCAGCAAAACGUUCAGGCAUCAUUGGUCGUCCAAAGUGUGCAGCGCGAUAAGUAUGUUCAACUUGCGCUUGAACCUAUUCCCACACCGCAUCAAACUGUAGUUCCGAUAGAAUCAGCUCAAUUCGUGGAAAAUGCAGCUCAGGAACCGGCGAAUCCAAGGGAAGGUCAAGAGCUUGAUGUUGAGCAACAACCAUCACCAACACCCUCGAGGAUUGAGUCCGAAAACAUGUUUGAAAAUAUUCUCCAACAAUCACAAUUCAAUCCCAAAAGCGACUCUUAUAGAGAAUCAAAUGCUCAAAAUCCAACGACUCCAGUUGCAACCGAGCCGCCAGUUCAACCAACGAAAAAAGCAAGACAUGCUGGACCGAAAUACCCAAUAAAUGUUUUCGAGAUGAUUUCUCCAACAAAAGAAGAAAAAGAAUCAGCCCAACCUGAAAAACAGAAGGGAGACGAAAUCAACAAAAACAUCCCGCGAAGGGUUGAGGAGCUUAGUGAUCACGAUAUCGACUUCUUUUCUGGAUUUCUUACUCAUUAA